GCCUCAUUCAUCCAUUCUUUUUUGUUUAUUCUCUCUAUCUAUUCACAUUCAUCAUUAACCAUGGCGAGGAAUAAUAAUAAUUCACUACUAUUUAUCUCCCUCUCUCUUUUGGUUUUGGGUUUAUUAUCCGGGUUAUGCUGUGGAGAGAAUAAGAGGGUGGUGGGGAUAUACGAGUUGAGGAGGGGGGAGUUCUCUGUGAAAGUUAGUAGCUGGGGUGCAACUAUUCUCUCCGUUAUUCUCCCUGAUAAUAAAGGGAAAUUGGAUGAUGUGGUUCUCGGGUACGAUAGGAUCGGCUCCUAUGUUAAUGAGACAACUUAUUUUGGAGCAUUGGUUGGUCGCGUCGCGAAUCGGAUCGGCGGAGCGCGUUUCACUCUAGGUGGAAAAACAUAUCAUUUGUACCCAAAUGAUGGGAAAAAUUCACUUCAUGGUGGUCACAGAGGAUUCAACCAAGUCAUUUGGGAUGUUAGAGAGAGAGUGGAGGGUGAAUUCCCCUACAUCACAUUUCACUACCAUAGCUUUGAUGGUGAACAAGGAUUUCCGGGCGAUCUCGACGUGUUUGUGACAUACAAGAUCGAUGAGGACUAUACGUUCAGCGUGAUGAUGCGAGCCGAGCCCCGAAACAAACCGACCCCGAUCAAUUUGGCCCAGCACAGCUACUGGAACCUCGGGGGGCACGCGAGUGGCACGAUUCUCAAAAACCUGGUCCAAAUCUUUGGUUCACACAUAACUCCAGUCGACAGAAACCUAAUCCCGACCGGAGAAAUCGCCCCAGUUGAGGGCACCCCAUACGACUUCCGCGAACCAAGGACGGUCGGUAGUGGGAUCGAUAACGUGCCGGGCGGGUACGACAUCAACUACGUACUCGAUGGGCCCGCGGACGGGCAGGGGGUGAAGAAGGUGGCGGUCGUGGAGGAGCCCCGGUCGGGCCGUGUUCUCGAAUUGUGGUCGAACCAACCUGGGGUGCAGUUCUAUACCGCGAAUUUUAUACAUCAUGUGCUAGGAAAAGAAGGGCACUAUUACGAGCAACAUUCCGCUUUAUGCCUCGAGACGCAGGAUUUUCCUGAUGCAAUUCACCACCCGAACUUUCCGAAUGAAGUUUAUGGGCCUAAUGAUGUUUAUAAGCAUUAUAUGCUCUAUAAGUUUUCCAUUAAGAAGUGAGAGUUUUGAGUGAGUGAGCAUAUUAAUUAUGUGCUUUAUUAAGUAGAGGGUUAAUUAGGGCUUUGUUUGGGUCUCUAUC